AUGCCGCGCAUGGGCGCUUUCCGCGCCUGCUCUGGUGUAACGGUUUCCGAAGUGAUAUCAUCCGGAGGGAAAAUCGCCUCUCGGCUGACGUACAUCAUGACAAGUGGCCGGACUAUGGAGUCCACCAAGGAGUUCUUCCUGAAGCAUCGCUAUUUUGGCUUGAAGAAGGAAAACAUCAUCUUCUUCCAGCAGGGCAUGCUGCCCGCCCUGGGGUUUGAUGGGAAAAUCCUGCUGGAGGAGAAGGGCAAGAUUGCUAUGGCGCCAGAUGGCAACGGGGGCCUGUACCGGGCCCUGGGGGCACAUGGCAUCAUGGAUGACAUGGAGCGGAGGGGCGUGCAGAGUGUCCACGUCUACUGUGUGGACAACAUCCUGGUGAAGGUGGCUGACCCCAGGUUCAUCGGGUUCUGCUUGGAGAAGGGAGCGGACUGCGGGGCCAAGGUGGUGGAGAAGACCAACCCCACGGAGCCAGUCGGUGUGGUGUGCCGAGUGGAUGGUGUCUACCAGGUGGUGGAGUACAGUGAGAUCUCCCUGGCCACUGCCCAGAAACGGGGCCCAGAUGGGCGGCUGCUCUUCAACGCGGGCAACAUUGCCAAUCAUUACUUCACCACCGCCUUCCUGAAAGAUGUAGUCAACACUUACGAACCGCGGCUGCAGCACCACGUAGCCGAGAAGAAGAUCCCACACGUGGACAUCACUACAGGGCAGCUGAUCCAACCCGAGAAGCCCAACGGGAUCAAGAUGGAAAAGUUCGUCUUUGACAUCUUUCAGUUUUCUAAGAAGUUCGUGGUGUACGAGGUGCUGCGUGAGGACGAGUUUUCUCCCCUGAAGAAUGCGGACAGCCAGAAUGGCAAGGACAACCCCACCACAGCCCGACACGCCUUGAUGUCCCUGCACCACUGCUGGGUUCUCAAUGCGGGGGGGCACUUCGUGGACGAAAACGGCACACGCAUCCCUGCCAUCCCUCGUGUCACAAACGGAAGGUCAGAUGCCACCCCAGCAGAUGUCAAUGACAACUUGAAGGAUGCAAACGACCUGCCAAUCCAGUGUGAAAUUUCUCCCCUCAUCUCCUAUGGAGGAGAAGGUCUGGAAAAGUACGUGAAGGACCGAGAGUUUCGCGCACCUUUAAUUAUUGAUGAGGACGGGAUCCACGAGCUGGUGAAGAAUGGGGUGUAGCAGCGGCGUGGUGCCCAAGCCAGGCUGCCUGUCCCGCCUGGCAGGCUGGGAAUUUGGACACAUGAAGGUUUAUAGCUGUAACUGAUAGGGGCUGAUCCUGCUCGCUCUGGCCCUGUGCAGAGGAGGAUGUAAGCCACUCGGUUCUUGGCAUGUUGUAUGCUUCUAUUUAUAUUUUAAUUUAAAAACCAAACACUUUAUGGAUUCCCCUGCCACGAAGCACAGCUAUGGCGCUGCUCUUUGCACUCCAGGCUGUGGGCAUUUAUUUUUAAACAUGUAUAUAGUAAUAGUCAUUGUACAUGCAGAGGAUUUUUAUGGUACGGGGCUGGGGUUAAUCUUGAAUUUUUAUUUUUCUCAAAUCUACAUGACUAUUUUUUUUAAUAGGGUCCUUGUCAUUGCCCAUGUCCUCCCUUUUGAUCAUCCUUUGUAUGUUGCACAACUGGAAACACCCGAUUAAACUCUUGAGUCCCUCCUGU